CUCACAGAUGGAGCGUAUCAUCGGGUUGUGAAAGUGAAUGACCCGGAAUAUGUUGGUGCCUGAACUUUUGAUAUUCACCUGAAAUGGCUCAAUACACGUUGAUUUUUCACCUGAUUAGCCUGGUGAUGCUGUGUGAAUAUGGCACGACGGUGAGAGACGGCGGGCGUGGCAAUUUCAGAAGGGGGUUCGAGAGUGGAGUCAGGAGCAGGGAUGCGGCACAGGGGAUGGACGGGGGCCACCUGAUCACCAUGGAUCUCGAGCUUGUCUCCAGGGUCAUUGCGGCUCUCGACAGCAGCAUCAGUUACUACGAGAAUAACUUCAAGCAGAUGAACUUUGAUGGGAUCUUUGGGGCGAAGGUGGUUGAAGGGCAGUUGAACUUGAUUGUUGCAGAAUAUAAUAAGGGAUUUCUGUCAGCUACAAUGGACAGCUUUAUGAGGAAUAAAGUGGCAAGCAUUGCGACAAGGGCAGGACGUGUAGUAAAGCUUGCAAUCCCCUACUUGUAUAAAAAAAAUAGAAAAUACAUGGGGAAAAUGGAGCGCUUGUUCCAGCUUUCUUGGGAUGUUGGACAUUCCCACCGCAAUGUGGACAUGUCCCUCAAGUGGAGUGAUCGCACGUUCACUCUUGCCCUUGAGGAAGAGCUUACUGAGGUGCAGAGUGACCACUGCAUAGCUGAGUUGCUGGAGCCAAUUGAGGGUGUGAUGUGCCGGAUGACAGAUGUUUGCCAGCAGAUGAUGACCAAGGCAGGCAGGGAGAGAUAUGCCUUGGUGCACCAGAUCCUCUACACUGUGGUGGCAGAGAUGAGUGGUUGUGGCAGCCGUCUGGAACGCUGGUUGGUGAGGCAUGAUCGCAGUGGAAGCAUUGAGCAGUUACAGGGAGAGAUGUGCUCCAACUUAUAUUCUGAGGCUCUCACAUUGACAUCUGUGGCUUUCAGUGAUAAUGUUCUGAACAACCGCGAUUUGUUGAUGGAAAUGGAGUUUGUAUGUGGCAUGUUAGGUUAUGUGGAGUUCCUAUGGCGAGAUUGGCUUGCAGACAUACUAGAUUGGCAGAGUAAAAGUGGAUGUUUUAGUUCCACCAAACCUCACGUUGCUAUUGGCCGUAAAUUGCUGCGAGAAGAAAAAUUACCGGAUGGCUGCCUUCAGCACCUAACCACUGUGGCAGUCUCAGCUUUAGCUGUUCACUUGCACUACCUUUUGUAUCCAGGGAUUAAGAGCAGGGGCGCCAGCAGCCUGAAGCAUGUGUCUCCUCCUUCUGCUAUGUUAGAGCCUCCACAUGAAUCCAUCCCAAUGCAUAUUGCUGGGGGCUUCAUGCUCAACCAGCCCCUUUACAGGGAGGAGGUCCAAGAUGGACUCAGCAGAGUGGCUGAGGAGGAGAAAUCUCUAGAGGAUAAAGCAGACAUUGUCAUGAAGCACUUGGAGGAGAAGAGAAACAGCACCAAACAUAGUCAUGUACGAGACUUUAUGUCCCCUCUUUCACACUAUGACAGCACCUCUAAGAGUAACAGUGGCCCUGUACCACUGCCAGAACACCCUCUCCACCAGCCCCAAUACUUGGCUUCAACACACACUUCUGGGACCACCGUAGAGACCUCUAUGGCAGCUUUCUACUUUGUGAUAGCCAGCAUAGUGCUUGUUAUGCUGGUGAUGGUGAGGUAUGUUCACAGUGGAAGAAGGACUCAUACCAUUUUCAGGACCAGGUUCCGUUUUUGAGAAGCUGGAAUUAUCAAAAUUAUGUUCUUUAAGUUUUAUUUUUCAUUUAUCAAGAAAUUUCCUUUUUUUUUUUUUUUUUUUUUAUUAUUAUUAUUAUUAUUUUUAUAUAUAUAUAUCUAUUUUUUGUCCGUUGAGAAGUUAUAAACAUAGACUGCUUGUUACAUGUGUUGUAAAUGACAUGCUGUAAGGAAACUAGAUACUAUUGGUGUACAUGAAAUAUAUAUUGUCAGUUAUAAUGUAAAACAUGCACAAAUUAAGAGAAGUGUUUAGUGACUUGUAUAUAUUCACAUAGUAAACAAACUGUAUAAAAAUGUAUAAAUGCAUCUAUACGGGAUAUUGUUGAAGUACUGCUUCAUUGAUUUCUGAAAAAAUUUCUGAAACUUAACACUGUUAGCUCUGCCAGUGGAGUUUUCACUUAAAACUGAAUCUCAUAUGUUACGUAUUCUUCCAGUUCUUGUAGACAGAGAUAAAUACUCCAUAAAACUAAGUAUCAAAUCACUGAAUAACUGUUAUUAGCAAAUUUUUGAAAAAUGUUCAAAGAAUUUAAUAUAGCAAAUUAAUGAAUUCUUUCAGUUACCCAAUUUUACAGAUUUCAAUGUUUUUUUGUUUUUUUUGGGGUGCUAACUUUUGCUUUUGCUCUGUAGAUUAUAAUCAUGCUGUUAGUAGCUUCAGGACCUAAUUAUAUUACUUUAAAGAAAUAGUCCCAAUUUAUAGGCUGGAAUAGUUUGUUGUGAUAACAGAAUAGCACUUGUCCAUCUGUUCAGGACUGUAAGAUAUUGUGAGAGGGAAUGUUUUGAUACAGUGCAAUUAGGGAGAUUAUCAAUACACCUUUUAUUAUAUAUUGAGGUGAGGCUUCAUCACCAAGCAUAACAGUGAAACCUGAUUGGUAAAACUAGAAAAAACACAUCAACAUAUUUUCAUAUUUUAGCAAAUAUGAAGUGUAAAGUGAUGGUUGAUAUUAGAAUGUCUGAAAAAAAAUCCCAGUCUUCACUUUUGACCAUCUCACCAGCAUCAUACAUGUCAUAUCACUUAACUCAGUGCAAUCACAGUGUAUAGCAUAUUUAUCAAGAGUAUAUUUAUCAUGUAUAUAUGGCUGGGUAUUUGUGUGGAAAUUUAGGCUGAAAAAUAGCACAAAGAUGUCAGUACUUCACACAUAAAUGUAUCACAGCCACAAAGAAGAUGCAUAUAUAGCAUGAAAACAUGCUCUGUUUCCCAUAUGUGGCACAUCCCAUCAUUUUUACACACAGUCCUAGAGGGUCCUUUGAGUGCUUUAGCUGGGAGCAAAGGGAAAUAGGUUAAAAGUAAAAUUGUAAUGAAUUUGAUUUAGGUUUUAGGGAUUGUAAUAUAAAAUAAUUGUUGAGGUAUUUCAUAUAAAGAAAAUAAGCACUUAUUUCUUCACCUCUCGACAACAUGUAAUUUAGCUCUCAUUGUUUUACAGUGUUGUUUCAACCUUUUCUUUAAAAUACUCAUGAAAUGCAGAGUUGUAUGCAACAGUUCAAAAACACUGGAGUGACCAUAAAUGUGUAGGCAAUCAGUAUGCUUAUUUGCCAUUAACUGAUACACAGAUAAAGUCCCAGAUUUGUUGUGAUACAGACAUAUAUGAUAACAUGAGGUCUUAGUGCU